AUGGCGAACCUGCCAAGCAGCAGCAUGUUCACUAAGCUGCUUUCAAAGGCCUUUUCACCAGUGACCACAUCAAAAUGUAUGGCAUCAGGAAGAUGGUAUCCACAGCCAGAUCACAUGAUGUAUUCCACGGCGUCCAAUGAAAAAUCCAUUGCGCAAAAAUCUGACGAUGAGGUCGUUGUAUCGCCGAAGCGCGGCGUCGCACUUUCAAAAGCCGAUGCGGCGCCCGUCUACGCCGAGCCCAAAUCGAAAGGCGAUGGAUUUGAGCUAGUCGAGCACAAGAAGGGCGAGAUGGUCGCGAAUUACACACUCUUCGAAGCGUCUAUUAAUAAGGCGAAGGUGCCUUGGGUGGAUUAUGAUCGGCUGACCAGUGAGGAAAGGACCAUUCAUAUGGCUCACAUGAAAGCCGUCAAUGAGCGGAAGCUUCAUUAUAAGGAUCCCGCCACCGGCUACACCGUAUUCACCAUCUCGCAGCAUUUGAAGCGCGGAAAAUGUUGUGGAAGUGGAUGUCGGCAUUGCCCCUAUGAGCACGUAAAUGCACCGCCGGAAUUGAAGGCAUCGAAAGUAUAUGAGCUGUCGAAGCAUCGCACGAGAGCCCCUUCAAUGGGCAUUCAUCGUCGGACACGCCUCAAUGUUGUCGACAAUUCGGCGUUGGGAAAAGAGGCCGACGCGGCCGGCAAACUGCCAUAUUGCAUUCAUGUUUACAAACAAGGCGGCCGCGCCAAACACAUGCCGCACGCUGUUCUCGGCGAUAAGAUUCUCGUCGCGAUUCGCGGUCAAAUGCGCAAAGCCUAUGUCGUCGGAGCCAACACGCAUGUGCACUAUCGAAAGCAUGGUGUUCCGAGCACCGAUUCCAAUAAUAUCGUCCUUUUGGAUGAAGAAGGAAACCCGCUUGGCAAUCGCGUCACUUCUCCAAUUCCGACGAAAUUGCUCGCCAAACGCGACAAUGUCCAAUUCUCCAAAGUUUUGGCGUUGGCCAACAAAUAUAUUUAG